GGUAAAGUCCCUGCAGAGCCCUAGCAGCGGCCCGGCGAACAGAGGAAGCUUGAGAAGCGGUGCGUCCCACCAGAGACCUCUCGCCGCUCCCCGCCGCUGCUACCGCCUCCUGAGCCGAGCAAGACAUGAGCCAGGCCCGCUGGACCGGGAAAAGAACAGACAUGCUGCCGGAGAUCGCCGCCGCCGUGGGUUUCCUCUCUAGCCUCCUGAGGACCCGGGGCUGCGUGAGCGAACAGAGGCUAAAGGUUUUCAGCGGGGCUCUCCAGGAGGCACUCACAGAGCACUACAAACACCACUGGUUUCCUGAAAAGCCGUCCAAGGGCUCCGGCUACCGCUGCAUCCGUAUCAACCACAAGAUGGACCCCAUCAUCAGCAAGGUGGCCAGCCAGAUCGGACUCAGCCAGCCUCAGCUGCACCAGCUGCUGCCCAGUGAGCUGACCCUGUGGGUGGACCCCUAUGAGGUGUCCUACCGCAUUGGGGAGGAUGGCUCCAUCUGCGUCCUGUACGAGGAGGCCCCCAUGGCUGCCUCCUAUGGGCUCCUCACCUGCAAGAACCAAAUGAUGCUGGGCCGGAGCAGCCCCUCGAAGAACUACGUGAUGGCGGUCUCCAGUUAGAUCCCCCGCCACCCCCGCCAGGCACUCUACUGUACUCAUUCUGCCGUGACAACAGGCCACUGCAUACCUCAACCUGGGGAACUGUAUUUUAAAUGAAGAGCUAUUUAUAUAUAUAUUAUUUUUUUUAAGAAAAGGGAAGAAAAAAAACCAAAAGAUUUUUUUUUUAAAGAAAAAUCCUUAAAGGGAGCUGCUCGGAUGUGGCUUCCCCAGGUGCCUUUGGAGAGAACUGUUGUGCGCUUGAGUCUGGGAACCAGUGUCUGCCUACUGGAGUGGGGAGUAGGGAAGGGGUGGGCCCGGCUUGAAGUGAGGUGGGAGAAGCUUGGCUGGCACCCCAGGAAGAUGGGGGAGGGAGCAAGCAAGGUUAGCAACUGUGAAAGAGAGGCCAGGAUCUGCCUUGCAGGGCGAAGAGGGGCUGAGUUCAAACCUCUCACUCUCCCGAGCAGGACACCUGUAUCCUUGGCCCCUCUCUUACUCAGGGGCAUUCAAGCCUGGACUUAAAUUAUACUAUGUUGCCUAAUCUUCUUUCAUUUUUCUGAUGAGAUCCAGGGCAGAGAGUGAAAAGGCCUCUCCUGAUUGCUUCUGUCCUAAGCAGCUUUUCUUGAAAUCACGACUUUGUUUUCUGAUUCUGUGCUUAGGGGCCUAGUAGAUGUUGCUUCCCAGCCAGGAAACAAAAGCUUUUUGUUUUGUGGGGGGGACGGGGGAGUAAGGCAGGAGUUAGGCAGGUUAUUGGGGUUGGGACGGAAGGGUACUCUGCACAAAACCUUUGCUUUGCUGUGUGCUGCUCUGUGUGCAAGUGUGUGUAAUGACUAAGUUGGGGGUGAUUUGCAAUGGAAUUUUGGGACCCAAAGAGUAUCCGCUGGGGAUGUGUUUUUGUUUUUUUUGUUUUGUUUUUGUUUUGGCCAAAACCCUUCUUUUUGGAACCACAGGAAAGUCCUGAUGCUGCUGCUGCCAUUACCCCUUCAAGAGUUGGCUCAAAAGCUACAGGGAACUCUAGGUUCUCUAUUACUGCCUUCUUUUUAAAAGCACAACACUCCUCCCUAACUCUCCCGUUCUUUUCCCCUUCUGGCUGCGUCAUGGAAAUAUCCAAUUUUACAGAACUAGAGCUCUCAACUCAUUGUGCAAUAUGGCCUCCUGGGUCCCAGGAGAGUCUGAAGGAGAACCGGCUCUCAGAACCUCCUGGGGCCCCGGAGGGCUUCGGGAACUCUCCCUGCGUCCUCGGGACUCUGGCUGGCUGGGAGAAUGCCCCGAGUUCUGUAGGACUACUUGGUGUUCUUGUAGGGCUGACACUAAAAGCCCAAAUCCUGGGCAUUAUUUUCUCCCCGGUGCUCAGAGCACCUGUGGGGAGUUGGCUGUCUCUCAGUACAAUCCAAAUUUGUCUGUAGACUUGUGCAAUAUUUACUGUUCUGGGUCGGAGCCAAUGGAAAUCUAAUAGUGGGAAGAAAUCCCCUCCCUUCGGUUUUUCAGUGACCUUAGUGAGGGGUCCUCAGAAGGCCUUGAGCUUCCCCAACUUGGAAUCACUUUAGAGGGACGCCGCUAGAGCAUCUGGUCUACCUGGGUACCCUCCUGUCCAGCCUUAGUGAGGAACGUUUCUUCCCCACCCGAGAGUCCCCCACUCCACUGCCAGUCCCCCCCUCGAUUUCUUAACUACUCAAUUCUGAUUCAAAGGUGCUAUUUACCAAACACUCUCCCUACCCAUUCUUGCCGGUGCUGCCUCCUUUUCAACUCUAGACUCCCAGUGGCCUUCCCAGACCCUGCUUCCAGCCUUUAUUGCUUUAAAGCUAACUUCAGGCCCACGGACCCAGAAGCUCAUUUUCUGGCCUGUGGGUUGAGACAAAGCUGUGAAUCACUGCACAUGGUGGUGUUGCAUCUCGUCUGCAAACAGGUCCCUGCCUUUUUAAAAAAGAAGCAGCCUCAUGGUCUCAUACUUGAUCUCCUCUCUCUCUUUCAUUCUUUUUUUUUUUUUGAUGUUCACUUUAAAAACACCCAGAGCUGGACUGUUGAGCAGGCCUGUCUCUCCUACUAAGUAAAAAUAAAUAAUAGUAGUACGUUUGUAAGCUAUUCUGACUGAAAAGACAAAGGUUACUAAUUGUAUAAUAGUGUUUUUAUAUAUGAAAGAAUGUACAGCUUUAUGGACAAAUGUACGCUUUUUUGGUUCCUUUAAUAAAAAUGUAGCAGAUGAA